GCGCCUGCGGCGAGGACCCGGACGCGCGCGCGAUCCGCGACCGGCGCCUCGCGGUCUUCAACGCGACGUCCCUCGUCGCCAUCGUCGCCGGGCCGGGGUUGAGCGCGUGCUUCGCGCUCGUGCCCGAGGCCGGCCUCGCGAUCGGGCCCUACGCGCUCACGCGGUACCGCGCGCCGGGCCUCGCCGUCGCCGCGCUCAUGGCCGGCUGCGCGUGCUGGGCCGCGGUCGCGCUGCCGGACCGGCCCCGGCCGCCGCCGGCGCACGAGGCGAGCCACGGCCGCCGCGACGCCUACGGCACGCUCGUCCGCCGCCGGGGCGCGUCCGUGCUCGUCGUCGCCUGCGUCGGCGGCGCGAUCAUCGCCGCGCUCGACAUCUCCUUCCCCAUCGUCGCCCACGAGAACUUUGGCGCGAACCCGACGCUCAUCGCCGCGCUGCUCGCGUGCUUCGCGUGCGUCGGCGUCGUCGCGAUGGCGUCGUCGGAGUGGUACCGCCGGGGCCGCGACGACCGGGACCUGCGCGUGCGCGUCGUGCGCUGCGGCGUCGCGACGCAGAUGCUCGGCGGCCUCGGCGGCCUGUCGACCUUCGUGCUCCUCGGCGGGUCCCGCGGCUCCGACGACGCCGCGCUCGCCGCGCCCGCGCUCCUCGCGGGCGCGGUCGUCGUCGCGGGCGUCAUGUCGGCGACGACGCCGAACCUCCAGCUCCUGGCCAACGCGGCGGACAUGCGGAGCCACGCGGGCUUCUACAGCGGCAUCCGGGCGGUCGCGCUGAGCCUCGGGCGCAUGCUCGGCGGCUUCUUCGCGGGGCUCCUCCUCGACGUCAACCGGUCGCCGAGCCACUGGCCCACCUUCGCCUUCGUCAUCUCCGCGACGGCCCUGGGGCUCGGGGUCAUCGUCUGCUUCCCGCCGAGGACCGCGGAGCUCCCGAAGCGGCCGCCGGACGCGCCGCCGCUCGACGAGCCCCUCCUCCGCGGCUCCGACUCGACGGGCGUCGACGUGGCGUCGGAGCCGUAACACUAAUUCGCACCGCUUUUUUUUGAGGUUGUGAUGUACUCUUGGACGCGGGCUUUGGUCAACUGCCGGAGGCGUCGCAGGGUGCAAGAUUUUG